UCUCGAUGAAGCUUCAGGUACACAGCCAAAACCCCGGCCAUCUCCACAGCAACUAGGACCCGCCGGCCAACAAAGUUACCACACUUUCUCCCCGCCAAAAAUAAUUUCUUCUGCGGAGCCGCGUCCGUACUCUCCCCCGCACACAACACUGUCCACACCAAUGUCUUCAAUAAUACCGCGAUUACGACCGCUCCUACGCGCGACAAUACCAUUCCGCGCCGCCCGCUUCCACGCAAUCUCCGCUCACUACGCGGAGCCCCGUCAAAUCCCAUUCCUCCCAUUAUUCCUGCAGCCAUCCACCUACCGACCAAACUACAACAAGAACGCGGGUGGUGUCCAGAAGGAUGGAGAUAGAAAAACGAAAGGCCCAAAACCGUGGAAUCCGGCUACGUUCUUCAUAUGGAUCUUUCUCAUGAUCGGUUCGCAGGCGAUCCAGCAGUUGACCCUGAAGCAGGAGCAUGCGGAUUUUCUGCGGAAGGCGGAUGGGAGGAUUGCGGUGUUGAGGGAGGUUAUUGAGAGGUUGGGCAGAGGGGAGGAGGUGGAUGUGGAGCGUAUGCUCGGAACGGGCGAGGAUGCGGAGGAAAAGGCCUGGGAGGAGGUCAUCAAGGAGAUUGAAGCGGACGAUGUACUCUGGCAGGCACAGAAACUGCAGAAGGAGGCUGCCGCGAAGCAGGCCGAGAUACGGCGGCUAGCAGAGGAGGAACAGGGCGAGGAGGUAGUGCGGGAAGGGAGACGGAAGCGAAGACGGGCUCGGGAAGAAGCCAGAUUCCUUUAGAUGGGGAAACAGUCACUGCAUAUCUACGGGGUUCCAUCCGAACGCUGUCGAUAUAGUAUUCCAUGUAAGAUGCUGAGGAAGCACUCACAAUUCUCGAUUUGCAUACCCCGUGCAUAUAGUAUCCGUACACAUGGAUUUGGCGGUAGUUCAUUAUCUAGCGACAAGCGGAAGCGAAGGUUAACAUGUCCGAUAUUUCCCCGCCAAAAAACGCCCAGACAAAC